AUGACAUCUAAUGCUUUCCUUAUGAUCUUUUAUUUCCUAAUCAGUUUCGCCGCAAUUGAGACGGUACUCGCAAAACGGAGGGACCAGUACCAUCCUGUUGUUCUGGUUCCUGGUAUAAUUGCGUCUAGAGCAUACGUGAGAUCAAGGGGAGAAGUGGGUGUACCAUUUAGACAAAUAUGGCUCAACAUCAGCAGUUUACUAAAUCCGAAGCAAUUCACACGAGAGUUUGGACUAACGUAUCAGAACACAACCCAACGAUCAUACGAUAACAAGGAGUUUGAAGUUAUUUUUCCCGGCUGGGGAGACACCACAAAUCUUGAAUACCUGGAUGAAUCACAGAAGCUGAUUGGCCAGUAUUACAACACGGUUGCGGAGGAGCUACUUACAGUACCGUUUUAUAAGCGAAAUAUCAGUCUUAGGGGUGCACCGUACGACUUUCGCAGAGCAGCACAUGAAAAUGAAAAAUUCAUGAUUGAAUUUAAGUAUUUAAUAGAGGAGACGUAUGCUCAAAAUGAGCUGAGGAGGGUAGUCAUUGUCGCUCACAGCAUGGGCACAAUGUAUUGUCAAUAUUUUCUGAACUCCCAGUCGCGGUCAUGGAAGAAAACCUAUGUUGAAGCGUUCGUGGCUCUCAGCGGUCCUUAUGGAGGAGCUAUGAAAGCCAUGACAACAAUUGCAAGUGGAGAAAACUACGGCGUUCCAUUUUACCCGACUUUGGCUUUGAGACCGUUACUGCGGUCCUUUACUUCACUGGGACUUCUCUUACCCGAUCAGCGGUUGUGGCCCGCGGAAGAAUCUACUAUUAUUACUCCAAAAGUCAACUAUUCUAUCCAAGACAUGAAGGAGUUCUUUGAGGAUAUCAACUACUCGGUUGGCUAUGAUAUGUUCCGAACCGCUAAACAUGCUUUGGAUUACUUCAACGGACCCACAGGAGUGGACAAUGUUUACUGCUUUCACGGAACGGGAGUCCCGACAAUUGAAAAAGCUAUCUAUAAAUCAGUUCUCCCUGGACGGAAGUCCUUUCCUGAUCAGUGGCCUCAAUUUGUGUACGGCGAUGGCGAUGGGUCAGUUAACCUACGGAGUCUGACUGUGUUGACCACCAGAAUAUUUUGA